AUGGGAGAAGAAGGAAAAAGGUAUGCAGUAGUGACUGGAGCUAAUAAGGGGAUUGGUUAUGGGAUAUGCAAGAAACUAGCUUCAAGUGGUAUUGUGGUGGUGCUUACAGCUAGAAAUGAGAAAAGGGGUUUGGAAGCCAUGGAAAAUUUGAAAGAGUUUGGUCUCUCAGACUUUCUGGUUUUUCAUCAACUUGAUGUCACUGACCCUGCCAGUGUUGCUUCUCUAGCAGAUUUCAUCAAAACCAAAUUUGGGAAACUUGACAUCUUGGUGAACAACGCAGGUACUGCUGGGGGAAUAGUAAAUGGAGAGAAUCUUCGUCGAAGGGUAAGGGGUGAAAUAUCGGACUGGAAUAUGAUAGUGCGUCAAACUUAUGAGUUAGCUGAAGCAUGUGUUGAAACGAACUUCUUUGGUGUGGAAAGAGUAACUGAAGCUCUUCUUCCCCUGCUCCAACUAUCCACUUCACCCAGGAUUGUCAAUAUCUCCGGCAGAAUAGGACAAUUGGAGAAUAUACAAAAUGAAUGGGCAAGAGGAGUAUUUGGUGACAUUGAAAACCUUACAAAUGAAAAACUUGAUGAGGUGCUUAGAGAGUUUCUGAAAGAUUACAAAGAAGGAUCAUUGGAAACCAAAAACUGGCCAACUGUUAUUUCUGGUGGCAUCAUGUCAAAAACAGCUUUAAAUGCCUAUACAAGGAUGCUGGCUAAGAAGUUCCCUCGUUUUUGCAUAAAUUCUAUAUGCCCUGGAUUUGUCAAGACUGAUAUAAACCAGAAUGCAGGCCUUUUAAGCAUUGAUGAAGGUGCUGAAAGUCCUGUUAAGCUAGCAUUGUUGCCAGAUAAAGGUCCUUCUGGCCUCUUUUUCGCAAGGGAUGAGGUGAUUUCCUUUUGA